UUCGGUGGGCGGUAGAGGAGGCCCUUGGGGCGGGCGUGAUUGAGAUCUUCGAUACAGGGAGUGUAGGAGUGGGAGUGCGGUUGUUGUAAAUACCUCCUAGUCUAGGAUUAUCUUAUCUUACACUCUCUCUACUUUACUCUCUCUACUUUACUCUCUCUACUCUACUCUCUCUACUCUACUCUCUCUACUCUACACACAAUGCUAUCGCUCACUCCCCUCCCCCUAUCCCGCCUCCCCUCGCACCCGACUCUCCCAACAACAAUCUCGCUUUCCGAAUUCCUCCCCCCCCUCCUCUCGGAAACCCAGACCUUCCUGUCCGCAAUCCCCUCGACCUUUCAAAAGGAGAAACUCGUCUCUUCGCCCCCCUCGACCGCAAAAAUCCAACUAUCAAGCUAUAAAAAGCACCCAAGCCCCAGAAGCGAAAGGAAAGAAGAACACUGGUUCUCCCGACGGAGCGUCCACGCCAACGAACCCGUGCACGGGACGGCUUCCUUUGUCGAGUUUCAGGAUGGGCUACGAUAUACCCAUUCCUUGAACGAGGGGGAAUACACGCCUAGUAUUGUGAAUGUGACGGCUUUGCUUGAAUGGGAGGGUUGUUUUUUCGAUGGAUGGAAGGUAGAUUUAGCUGGUACAAGUUUAGUCUAUUCAAUCACCCAUGCAUUCCCCCCCCUCUCACCACGCACGUUUGUCAAUCUUGUUCUCUGCGCGACGGAACCGGACGGCUCAGGAUUCAUCACCGUGCAGAUCCCCGUCGAGUCGAGCAUCGUCACACAAACACAACCACAACCACAACCAGAAUCCAAAACUGUAUACGGCGUUUACACUAGUGUCGAGCAUGUUAGGCUCCACGGCACAUCGGUGGAAUGGGUCAUGGCGACCACGUCGGACGCCAAGGGUUCGAUUCCUGGCUGGAUGCAGAGGAGUUAUUUGCUGGGCGGGGUGCCGAAGGCGAUUAUCAAGGAUGUAGGUCUUUUUAUUGACUGGGUGGAUAGGAAGAGAAUAACAGUAGAGUCUUGAGAAUAGUGUGAAGGAAUAGGUAGUACAAUGCAAGUAUACACUACUAUGAACAGACAGGCAGAAUAUGUAUCGUCAUACAUGCCCUUUUGAACUCCAAAACUCCCCAGCUUUACAUCCAGAACCAUCAUCCAUUAGUGCAUC